CCCUGCCUUUGCUUUGGGGCGAGGGAAAGCCGCUCCCUGCCGGGGCACAAAAGAAAACGCAGGAGGCUUUUGAUCUGCCCCGGCAGCAGCCCGGCUCCAGUUCAAAGCCGGCUGGGGCAAGGAAGGGGGGAUCCGCUUGCUUCGCCGGGCCAUGUCCAGCCGCAUAAAGCGCCGCUUGGAUCUUUUGUCCCCCCAGAAGGGGCCUCCAGGAGAGAGGGCGGCGAGUGUGGCGGGGGGUAGCGAGGGCUAAUGCCUGCGCGCUUGCAGGGAGAUGCUGACAGAUCCCUGAUAGAUGUGCAAGAUGGCGCGAGCUCCUGCCAGCAGCUCCAGCCAGCGAUGGUCGUAGGCAGCCGCCUCCGCACCGGGAGGGUGUAGCCGGGCUCCCAGCUCGGCGCUUGGGUGCAUUGGGAGGGGGCUGAGUCUUCACCCCGGAGAAGGAGCAGCACCAGGGAACGUGGCCCCCAUGGCUGCCCCGGACUCGCCUCUGCCGGCCGGCGUGCUCGGAUUCCUUCUGCUCGCCUUCGCGGGAGAUUUUGGCCUUUCCUCUGAGCUGGCCUUCACUGUGGAGCCCAGCGAUGAGGUCGCGGUGCAAGAGCGGCCGCUGGUGUUACCCUGCCAGGUGGAAGGAAUCCCACCCAUCAGCAUCACCUGGCGGAAGAACGGGGCGAUGAUCGUGGACAAUGAGAGCGCCUUUGUGCUGGCCAAUGGGUCGCUGUACAUCUCCCACUUCCAAAAAGUCAGGGGAGAUGGAUCGUCGGAUGAAGGCGAAUAUGACUGCAUGGCGCAAAACCACUUCGGGCUGGUGCUCAGCCGCAAGGCGAGGAUACAAGCAGCCACUAUGUCCGACUUCCACAUUCACCCUCAGAACGCCGUGGUGGAAGAAGGCGGCGUCGCAAGGUUCCAGUGCCAGAUCCAUGGCUUGCCAGAGCCUGUCAUCUUGUGGCAAAAGAAUCAGGUCCCCAUCAACACGGAUAACGAGAGGUACACGCUGCUUCCCAAGGGAGUCUUGCAGAUUACUGGACUCAGAGCAGAAGACAGUGGAAUUUUUCACUGUGUUGCUACCAACAUUGCGAAUGUGAAAUUCAGUCGGGAGGCCAGACUCACGGUGUCAGGCUCCCAUUCUACAGCUUACAAGGAUCCCAUGAUUCUCGUUGGCCCAGAGAACCUCACCCUAACUGUGCACCAGACCGCUGUAUUGGAAUGCGUUGCAACUGGAAAUCCCAGGCCCAUCGUGUCCUGGAGUCGACUAGAUGGCCGCCCCAUCGGUGUAGAGGGAAUCCAGGUCCUGGGGACAGGAAACUUGAUGAUUUCUGACCUCACGGUGCAGCAUUCUGGGAUCUACGUGUGCGCCGCUAACAAGCCAGGCACCAGGGUGCGGAGAACUGCCCAGGGAAGGCUAGUCGUGCAAGCCCCUGCAGAGUUCGUGCAGCAUCCUCAGUCCAUUUCCAGACCUGUCGGGACGACUGCCAUCUUCACCUGCCUGGCCCAGGGAGAGCCGCCCCCUCAGGUCACCUGGCUGAAGAACGGGCAGAUCCUAGAACCUACUGGUCACAUCAAACUGAAGAACAACAACAGCACGCUCACCAUCUCCGGGAUCAGCCAGGAGGACGAAGCUAUUUACCAGUGCAUUGCGGAGAACAGCGCUGGCUCCACUCAAGCCAGUGCCCGCCUGACGGUGCUGUGGGCGGAUGGGUUGCCCGGCCCCCCACAGAACGUGAAAGCCGAGACUGUCUCCGCAACCACCAUCCAGGUAUCCUGGAGUGAGCCUCUGCAGAAUACCAAGGAGAUCAUCGGCUACGUACUGCACAUAAGGAAAGCCGCAGACCCCGUGGAGAUGGAAUACCAGGAGGCUGUCAGCAAAAGCACCUUCCAGCAGCUGGUGACGGAUUUAGAGCCCUCGACCAGUUAUAGCUUCUAUAUAAAGGCUUAUACCUCCCGGGGUGCCAGCAAGGCCUCCGAAGUCAUGGUGGUGAGCACGCUGGGAGAAGUCCCCGCAAUGCCAUCCCUCUUUAUUAAAGUGCUAAACAGCACCACGAUCCAGGCGGUGUGGGAGCCCUCUGUCAAACUGGGCCAGCAUGAAGGAUUCAAACUCUACUACCGUAAAGUUCACCUGUCCCACUUCACUGGCCCUAUGCUCCUGCCCAGCAACAUUACAUCGUAUAACAUAACUCACCUGGACCCAUCCGUGGUGUAUGAAGUAAAACUCCUGGCAUAUAACCAGCACGGGGAUGGGAAUUCUACUGUCCGGUUCGUAUCUCUUCGAGAAACUGUUGAACGAACAGUGUUGAAUCCCCCGUGUGACUGCAUGAAAGAUGAGCAGAAUAAUAAGACCUCCACCACCGGGAUCAUCAUCGGGAUCCACAUUGGAGUGACGUGCAUUAUAUUCUGUGUCCUUUUCCUCAUGUUUGGGUACAGAGGAAGACUGCUGAUGUGUAAAAAUGUCCAGGAACAGCUGUCGACCCCACAGAUCCCGAGAAGUCAGAGGAACACCACGGGUCUGGUUCUGAACGGAGCGGCUCGGCGGGACAGGGACGAUUUGGACACAAGCGGGAAGCAAGUGGAGAUGAAUGAACUGGAAAGGUUGUUUCCAGCUUUGCCUUCCCAGGAUCAGCAGGAUAAGGGAAUACGGCCGGAUCAUGUCCCACCCGACUCACAUGAUGAGACCCAGAUAUCCACACUUCCACUGGAUGAAUUCAGCAUGAUAGAAGAGCAGCUUGACCCUUCCACCAGAAGUCUGGCUCCUGGUGACCAAGGUGGACUGCGACACAACUUUAACCAGGAUGUCCCAGUUUUGAACCAUAAUCCCGCCAAUGAAGGAUAAUUGCCAAGUCUUGAAGCCUCUUGUAGGACUCACCAAGAACCAUUUCCAUGUUUGGUGACGUCUUUACAAUGAUUCCUCGAUCUCAGGUCAAUUUAAGAUUUCUACAGUCUGAUUUUUUAUGUGCUUUAUUAUUUCUUUUAUAUCAAGAUACUGCUUUUUUGAGGCGCUAUGAAGUUUAUCUUUCUGACCUGUCUCAGGCCUCUCUGUGUAUUUCUUCCUAUAAUUGCAUGAUCAAGGCUGGUCAUGAUGGGUUUUUUUUCCCAUGGCUGCUCGGUAUCAGACGUUACAAAUUCUUCAGUUUCCAUCAGUGAUGGAACAUGGUGGAGCCUGGUUCCCUUGGCAUCCCUGACAUGAUCCUUAUUAGCAGCUUUAGGACUACUUUGUGUUCGAUUUUUUUAUUUCAAGAUGACUGGAUUAAGAUGAAUCCUUCAAACUUGACUCCAAAAAUUCAGGCCAGGAAAGGCCAUCUCUCCAUGGAUUUGGUGAUUUUGUACACUUUCUCUAUUUCUCAGGAUGAUUUUUUGGUGAUUGACUAUAAAUGUGCGGGGGGGAGGGGAGGGGAGGGGAAGUGUGUCAAAAGAGGCCUGCAUAAGGGCCGCCGAAAGACUUGGACAAACAACCCGAGUAGACUCAGAACCUACCUCAACCAGAAUGAAUGUCUUCGGGGGAAGCAGCAAAUAUCUGUGUCUUCCUUUGUUUUCAAAACAAGUAGCGUAGCACUUGGUCUGCAUAAGCUUGGUACUACCUCAGAAGUCAUGCUCCAUCUCUGCCAUGGUGUUGUCAUUUUUUUGUGUCGUCGUCAUUCUAAUGUAAAGCACUUCCAAACCUUGAAAGCAAUGUUCUACCUCAAGUUUUAUAGAGAAGCUCAUUCGUUGGUGUCCUCAGACCUGCUCUUCUCCAGUGAAAACUGUUCAAAGAAAAACAAAAGGGCAGCGUGUUGGUGUUAAGUAGCGAUUGUGGUGACAUUUCAUUAGUGUUCUAAGCUUUACAUUUAGCCACGCUAUUGUGCUUAUGUUUGGUUUUAUGUGUCAGAGUUGUAUAUGAUGGUUCUACUUUAACAACUGCUAGAGUUGUAGCAGAUAUACCACCACUCAUAACCUAAAGAUAAUCUUCACCUGCCACAUUAGGACCCUGGAGUGCAGGUGAGCUGUUCCGAUGGUUCCCAUCUAUAUUGUAAGAAUGGAGGCCUUGAUCCCGGAAGAAAGUAAGGAGUCUGGGUUUGAUCUAAGCAUGUGUGGAAGUCUUUUGCUGAGUAAGGGUCAGAGUGCUGAGCUCUAUGCAGGAUCCAGCCCCAAGGGAAUAACCAGUUUGUCUGGCUCCACUCUGACAGCCAGAUAGAUUAAAACUACCGAACCCAUCCUUAUGCACGUUCCUGUCCUUACUCAGAACCCUCAUGUUCUGCCAUUGGCUGUGUGGAAUAACACGCUUCCAGCUGAGGUGAUGGCACUUGUUGGAUGCUGGAGAGGAGUGACCUUUCAGCCUCAUUCCUCACACAUCCAAGGAGGUGCCUGAUUGUCUCACCCACACGCGACACAUCCUCUGUCAUGUGUUAAAUGCCUCAGGGAAGUGCUUCGGGAAACAAAAGCGUAGGCUGAACAGUCUGCCCCCUUUUUCAGAUGUUUCUAAAAGGUGCGUUGUCUUGAUUAGCUUGAUUGCCUUUCAGCCCCAGCGCAUUACUCCUUUGCUUCGAA